AUGGUAAAAGGUGGCAGGCAGUUUACUCCAACCAACCGUGGUGGAAAAUGGUUCGCUCAUCCAGACUCAGCGGGGAGCGAGGUGGGAAGCCGAGAGACUUGUACCAGCACUGGCAUCAUGCUGACUCAAGUGAAAUCAACAGUGCCACAGGCUUUGCAGAUCGAGCGCUAUCCUAAAUGGAAAUCUCAGCAGAAAUCCAGAGAAUAUCCCUACUCUGAUCAUGACAACAAAUAUGCCUUAAAAGACAGCAUUCUUGUCUAUAGUCAAGUUGGCGUCCAUCGAAAGCACUUUCAGGACAACCAGCACAAGUCCCAUUUUUGCCUGUGCCACGAGGGCGCAGAGACCAUACCUGGAGAGGACGUGAGCAUCUUUAAGGGCGAUUACGUGGUGAAGAAGGUCAAUGAGCCCACAGGCAACAGGAGGUUUCCCCACAACCACCAGCACAAGUCAGGACUGGCUGCCCAGGCCCAAGGACAGGAUUAUUUCAUGUGGUUUGGAAGAGCAUGA